UGAAAACAAAGCAGCACUUUAUUCUCUGAAGCUCAAGGAUCUGCUGAGUGAAAACUGAUCACAGGACACAGCAACAUGCAACACUUCUCUGACUGUAAAUCGAACAUGAGCGUGCCCCGAUCCCCUCCAGCAGCUGACUCCUACCAGCAGGGCUGCAUCAGGAUGACCCUGGAGAACGCAGAUCUCUGGAAGUCCUUUCACAACAUUGGAACAGAGAUGAUUAUAACAAAGCAUGGGAGGAGAGUGUUCCCCCACUGCAGCGUCAGUCUUACCGGGCUCCAGCCUUUUGCCAAUUACAUCAUCAUGAUGGACAUGGUUCCUGAAGACAGCUUCAAAUACAAGUGGAAAAAGAAUCAGUGGGAGGUCGCAGGGAAGGCAGAGCCCCAGCCCCCGUGUCGGACAUACAUGCACCCAGACUCCCCUGCCACAGGAAGUCACUGGAUGAAGCAGUCGCUGUCUUUCCUCAAGGUGAAGCUCACCAACAACACCUUGGAUCAGCACGGCCACAUCAUCCUGCACUCCAUGCAUCGCUACUUCCCCAGGUUUCAUGUGAUACAAGCAGACAGUCCUUACACCGUCCGCUGGGGACCCUUCCAGACCUUCUCCUUCCCUGAGACGACCUUCACUGCAGUGACAGCUUACCAAAACCCAAAGAUCACCAAAUUGAAGAUUGACCACAACCCUUUCGCAAAGGGAUUCAGAGAGGGAGGCACCCACUCCCACGGUAAAAGGUGUCGGAAUGGAAGCCCCCCUGCAAAGAGAGCCACACUGGACAGGAAAGCUCUUUGUAGCAGUCCUCCAGACCUGCAGAGGAUGCCCUCCACCUCUCAGUCGGCGCAGGCAGAGAAGAACCAGGCCUCCGUGCAGCCUUCAUCGAAGGAGGGUCACCUCUCAGCCUGGGCGGUGGAGCAGGACCCGUCUGAGAGACUCCACACUGAGCCCCUGGAGCUCCACGAGUACGACUACAGCUGCGAAGAACAGAUGGUGCCUGCGUCCAUGGCAUACCAGCCCUACAGAUUGGUUGAGUACACCAGAUUUCCCUUCCCGUCCAACGACGUAGAUCCAACGCACGCCCUCGCCCACCCCCCUCCUCACACACUCUCCACAGCGGAGCACGGCGCCCAGCAACAACCCACCUACCAUCACCACGGCAACGCAGCGGACUGGAGCCAGUACCCUCUCUUCUCAUACUCCUGUUGGUGAACUUUGACCCUUUGCAAUGGUGACAUCAUCAGUGGAGGAUAAAGUCACUAAGGCCUAGAAGAGAAUGAAGAGAUGCUGUUAUGAGCAGACCAGAGACUGAUAGACCACUCCUAUGGUUUGUGUGUUAAGUGUGUACAAAGUUUCACACAUGUCCAGGACCUGGGCAGAUAUCAGGGAUUUCUUAAAUUGAGAUUUAUGUUCCUGCAAAUAUGCUUGAGCUUUCACAGUUGUGCGCUCUAAAUAGAUAUACAGUGUGUGUUUUAAGAUG